AAAAACGGACAAGAUCUGUAACUGAAAUGGAAUACAACAUCACUGAACCGUUGCGCAAUAAUCAAAGCAUCACCGAAAACCUCAGAACAUGGCCGCUUUAUAUAUUGGUCUGGAUCUCUGUCACCUUUAUGUUCAUUUUCAUCUCGGGUGUUUCCGGUAAUCUUCUGGUGCUCUUCGUCAUCCUGAAAAACAAACACAUGAGGAAAUCUACCGAUUUAUUCAUUGCUAAUCUCAGCGUUGCUGACCUGUUGGUCCUUGUUGUUUGUAUGUCGGCCGCCAUGAUUGAGGUGUAUGCGAACGAAGUCUGGACGCUAGGAGAGGUUAUGUGUAAAACCGUGCCGUUCUUGGAGCACUUAGUAGAACACGCCUCGGCCAUGUCUAUUGUUGGCAUCAGCAUUGAACGCUAUUACGUCAUAUGUAAACCAUUUUACGCCCACAUCAGGUGGACCAGACGCCAGGUCAUUUUAUCAUUGGUCAGCGUGUGGGUGACCUCGGCGCUAGCCACUUCUCCUUUCUUGGUCAUCGCCGAGGAAACGACGUCAUUUUACGCAAAUGGCGACCGGAUAACCACCUGCAAUACUUCGAUCAAUACAGUCUGGAAGCGCGUGUACGUCAUAGUAACGACGUCUCUCUUCUUCUUUUUGCCCGUCUGUCUUCUCGUCUGCAUCUACAGCCCCAUCUGUUGGACCUUGGCAAAAGCAAACCGAAAGAAACUAGGAGGAUCAGAAACUUCACAGAGGUACUCCCUAAAAAAGAGAAAACAGGUAAUAAUAGUGAUUAUUGCUGUGACGGUUGUCUUCUUUGCCUGUUUAUUACCGUUCAGAGUCUUCUCACUGUGGGCAGUGUUUGGGAACACACUAGACAAGAAGAAGCUCUCUGUGGAUGGAUGGCUUAAUUUAACGUCAAUCGUCAGGGCGCUGUUUUACUUAAAUAGUGCCGUCAACCCAAUUUUGUAUAACACUUUUUCGUCCAAAUUUCGGAGAGCCUUUUCCAAAGCGGUUCGUGCGUGCCUCUGUGCACGAAAUCCGUUCAAACGGCAAACGACGCUAUCGACAGAUCCCAAUGACCGAUCAAUUGGCGAUCUGAAGGAAACUCCAAAGGACGAAUGUGACGGCCUCUCGGAAGGUCAUGCCAAGGGCAUGUCAAGGUCACAUAUUAAAAAUGAAUCUUUUUGA